AUGGAAAAGUAUGCCCUUUGGGCCCGCCAACAUUCUCCUUUGUUACUUCAGGUCACAACAACAAACCCCUUAGAGUCAUACUAUAGCGAGUUUAAGAAAACAACUUCAAAACAACAUAAAUUUAUUA